AUGGGAGUGGUUGCUCAAGAUAUGUUAAUUCGCCGCUUUAUCAAUGGAUUUUUCCCAAAGUACAUGGAAUUUCGAAUUAAUGAGCUUAUAAUUAAAAGGAGAGGCAAUGUUGUUUUUGUUGGCGGAUUUUUGCAUUACGAACAUCGACUCGAACCUUCCAAAAUUUAUUGGAUGCAUGGAUUUGCCGAAGAAUUCCUUUCAAUUCUACUCAAACAACCAGUUAAACUUGAAUUGCAGUUUGUUCCUAGUCCAGCAACUCUUGCUUACAAUUAUGUAUAA